AUGUUAAAAAAUAGUUCUUCGAUAAUAUAUAAAAGGUUAUCGGUGAAUAACAAUUUUCCGUUGAGACUCAGACUUUCUUUGAUACCCAGUAACCUUUCAUCACCUAUAUAUAUAGGCCAAACUCAUUCAUACCGCCUUAAUUCGACUUACACCAAAUCUCCUACGCCAGAUGACCCUAAUAAGAAAGUAACUGAAGUGAAAACAACUAUUGUUAAACCUCCUUUAUGGACUAGAGUGAAGCACGAGCUACACCAUUAUUGGGAUGGUACAAAAUUAUUAGGAUUGGAAAUAAAAAUUUCAUCCAAAUUAUUAAUUAAAAUGUCUGCCGGUUAUGCAUUAAGUCGUAGAGAACUCUUACAAUUGAAAAGAACCACUCAAGAUAUCGUUAGAUUAGUUCCAUUUGCAGCCUUUGUUCUGAUACCUUUUGCAGAAUUAUUACUACCUGUUGCGUUGAAAUUAUUUCCAAAUUUAUUACCUUCCACUUAUGAAUCAAGUAAGUCGAAGGCGUCUAAAAUUAAUAGUUUACGAAAGACGAGGGAAUUAAUGUCUAAUAUUAUCAAAGAGAAUAAAGUUCAUUUCAAACCUAAUGAUAUAUCUAGUGAACAAAAGGCGGUAUUCAAUCAGUUUUAUAAACAUGUUCGUGCUACAGGUGAACCAGAAUCCCGUGAACAAUUAAUUCAUGUUGCCAAAUUAUUUACUGAUGAUACUGUUUUGGAUAAUUUAACCAGACCGUAUUUAGUUGCUAUGGCCAAAUAUAUGAAUCUACAACCGUUCGGUACAGAUGUCAUGUUACGUUAUCGUAUUAGAUAUAAGAUGCUUGAUUUGAAAAAAGAUGAUUUAUCAAUUUAUUAUGAAGAUGCUGAACAACUAGAUUCUGCUGAAUUACGUAUGGCAUGUACAUCUCGAGGUAUUAGGGUUUCUAAUAUAUCUGAUGAUAACUUAAGAAAUAAUUUAAGGAUUUGGUUAAACAUGAGAUUAAAGGAUAAGAUUCCCUCGACUCUUUUGAUUAUGGCCACUGCAUAUAAUUUUGGUGAUGUUAAAUCUAAGAAGUCAUUAUAUGAUGCAUUAUGUGAUGUUUUGAGUGGUAUACCGGAUGAAUUAUAUCAUGAAGUUAAAGUCAAUAUAGUUAAAGAAGAAGAGGUUUCAGCUAAGCAAAAGUUAGCUCAAUUAAAGGAGCAAGAGGAGAUUAUGAAAGAAGAGGAACAACAAGAAGAAGGUGCCAUUGUUAGGGUUAAGGACGAUAUUAGUUUAGAUGCACUAGAUCAACAACAUGAGGAACAAUCGGAAAUGAAGACUGAAAUUAACGUACAAAAGAACAACGAAUCAGAGGAUAAUAGCCAUCAUACUAAAGAUGUCAAUAAAUAA